AUGCCGUUGGUAAAAGUAAUCGGCGCACAGCCAACCAUCGCGGCGGCGGCCGCAGUAGCGAUCGAAGCCGCCGCUUUUAACAGACAGCAAGCGGAUGAUAUUCCAGCUGAAGCGCCAAGGAAAUACAAAUUGCCAGUGGUGAAAGUCGAAGAAGAAGAGGAAAUACAAUUCUUUGGUAAAGUUCCACUGUGGCAGGACGACACGCCGGAGGCUGUACUCGCCGUGCGUAAAAUACACACAGACUUCAUUGUGGAGGUGCAUCUGCACGCGCUUGGCUACUUGGUUGUGAGCAUCAGUCAGUGGAUAUUAAUAUAUAAAAUCAACGCAAUUGCCAAUUAUGUGAAAGCACACUACUGUCUCUCAUUGCUGCCGUUCGUCUUGAGUUUCACAAUGCUGAUUACCUUGGUAUUCUUUUAUGACGACAUAACGAAGGGCCGACAUAUGGCGGUGUUUUAUUGCUAUACAGUUAUAAUGCUUGAACUUUCCAGCGUCCCAGUAGCGAUGCCAUUGUCCUCAUAUAAUUUGACUCAAUUGAUGUGUUCGGGUUUCAUAUCAACAGUUGUCAUAGUGGCGGGCAUCUUGAUCGCUCAUUCGAAAAAAGACUAUUAUGUAUAUAAGCCGGCAUUUAUAUUCGCUUGGACAUGUCGUUGUUUUUUAGUCGCCUCAAUGGGUAUUAUUGUUGGGAUUUCACUGCAAAGUCCUUACUUCGAUGUGGUUAUGACAUUAACCAUGACAUUUUUCAUGUCGCUUUACAUCUUGAUGUGCGCGAAGGCUAUAAGCAGUGCCGAGUUCAUUUGGAUGGACACAUAUGGUCCACAUAUGUAUGGCACGUUGUUCUAUAUCAAUUACAUGACGCUCUUCUCGAUGAACGUCUUACUCUUUGAGGAACUCGAUGCAGCAAUGAAACGCCAACACCAUUAGCCAAGUACAAAAAAGAAAAGAAAUAGUGUAUAAAGUUCACCGAUCCAGCUUCCAGUUAAUGAUUAUCUUUGCGUUCGCUUCUUUUUUUCUUCUUGCAAUUGUAUACAAGAAAAUUACGUUAAUAUUUGCACAAAAGUCAAACAACAGCUGUUCCAUAAAU